AUGACAGGGGAGGACACGCAGGAGAGUAUGGAAAAUUUCGCCUACGACUCCGCUGACUUCAGCCUGACCAUCAGCACGGAGAACACAGUUGUCAGACAUCAACCAGCGGCAAAUUCAGACUUCAGCGAACGCCGUAUUGAUGCUGGUGGAACUAGUCUAACAGCAUUGGACAGAUUCACGCGCCCUAGCAGUAAAAUUUCAAGAGGAAUAGAGAUGGACAGUGGACUCGCAAAUAAGAUUUCCAAAGCCGAUCAGGCUCUGGUCGGCUGGAGCGCUCCGUCUGGAGCCAUCAAGACCUCCUCUUCAACACAGAACUGA